CCACUCCUUUUCCAAAACAAUAUAUCUUUUCAUAAAAAGUUGUGUCCCUCCAUUUUACAUUCACACCAAUUGAACUCAACAACCCUUACUGUCUCUCUUUCAGCAGGAUCGCCCCCACAACAAGUUACUAUGGUCCUCGAUACAGGAAGUGAACUCACCUGGAUUCGUUGUAAGAAAACACCAAACACACCCUUAAUUUUUGACCCCCUUGUUUCUAAAUCCUACUCUCUUAUCCCAUGUUCUUCCGCAACAUGCACAACAAAAACCCGGGAUUUUCCUAACCCCGUUAUUUGUGACCCCAAAAAACUAUGUCAUGCUACGCUGACCUAUGCUGACGGUUUUUCCAUUGAAGGUAAUCUCGCUAGCGAAACUUUCAGUUUAAAUAAUGUGAAUUUACCCAGGACGGUGUUCGGAUGCAUGGAUGGGAGUUCAGGUUCGACCCCGGAAGAUGCUAAGACUACCGGGUUAAUUGGAAUGAACCGUGGUGCUUUAUCUUUCGUUUCACAAUCGGGUUACCCGACAUUCUCUUAUUGCAUUUCAGGUCAGGACUCUAACGGCGUCCUUGUUUUUGGAGAAGCCAAUUCUCCAGGGCUUAAACCCCGAAAGUAUACUCCCUUAGUUCAAAUAUCAAUUCCGUUACCUUCUUUUGAUCGGGUUGCUUAUACGGUUCAAAUGUCAUUACCACCAGUAACUUUGGUGUUUCCAGGUGUUGAAAUGAGUUUCACUGCUGAAAAAUUACUAUACAAAGUAGUGGGGGAGACGAGAGGAAGGAUCAAGUAUAUUGUUUUACAAUGGGAAAUUCAGAUUUCUUAGGGGCAGCGGCGUACAUUAUUGGACAUCAUUACCAGCAAAAUUUCUGGAUGGAAUAUGAUUUAGCACAUU